GACUAUUCCCCCAACACCCACCACCCUUUUUUAAUUCUAACAUCCCACACUCUUCUUCACAUUCAUCACCACCACCACCACCAUAAUAAUAAAAAUAACAAUAAUGAAGAUCCAAUGUGAUGUAUGCAACAACAACGAGGCCUCAGUCUACUGCUCCGCCGACGAAGCCGCCCUAUGCUCCGCCUGCGACCACCGCGUCCACCACGCCAACAAGCUCGCCGGAAAACACCCACGGUUCUCCCUCCACCACCCGCCGCCUAAAGACUCACCGGUAUGUGACAUAUGUCAGGAGAAAAAAGCUUUCUUGUUUUGUCAACAAGAUAGAGCAAUACUAUGUAAAGAUUGUGACGAUGGUAUACAUAAAGUCAACCAACUUAAACAAAACCACCACCGGUUUCUUCUCACCGGUGUUAAGUUAUCUCCGACGGCUUCUUUGUACUCUUCUGUAUCUUCUCCGGCGAAGUUGCCGGCCGUAAAGUCCGGUGGUGUUGUUGAACGACAGCAGAAACCGGUUAGUUGUUCGGUUGUGAAUCAGACUAGUGUUUGUAAAGGUACUAACUGCCACCAAGAGUUAAACGGGUCGGGUCAUGGGUCAACGGCUAGUAGUAUAUCGGAGUAUUUGAUUGAGACGCUUCCCGGUUGGCACGUUGAGGAUUUUCUUGAUCCUCCUACAAGUUUCUCCAAGAAAAUACAAGUUGGUGACAAUGAUCCGGGACCAAUUUGGGGCGGUGAUCUAAUAGAUGGAAGCUUGAAUAAUUCUUUGUUACCGGAAUCGAUGGGGAUAUGGGUCCCACAAGCACCACAGCCAGCACAGUAUGGUCACGUGCUUCAACAAUUCGAACCCGGUUCGAAUAUGGGCUUUGGGGAUCAAACAAUUAGCGGAUCAUCACUUGUGUUUGCUCAAAAUAACUAUACCAAUAUUAACAAGAUCACUAGUGUCGCUAAAUCGAGCCGAAAUUGGAUACCCGACAACGCAAAUUGCUUCACGGUGCCUCAGAUCAGUCCAUGUUCGACGACGACUUCGAAGAGAUCAAGAACACUAUGGCAAUGAACCCCUAUCAAGUUUCUUUUUUUAUUUGUUGUUGUUAUGGUGUAUGUUGUUUUAGAUGUUUCUUUUAAUCCAAAUGAGUUUUGGUUCUUUGAUCAUUUGGCCUCUUUGAUUAAGGUGCCUUAUUGUGAAUCUUGAUUGAAUGAAGUGAUACCUUAAUAAUUGGUAA